AUGGUGAUGUCCGAUUACACUUAUGUUUUUGCCAUUGGCACAAUGUUUGCGCUGCUCGAAGCGUAUAACAAUGGUGCAAAUGAUGUGGCCAACGCCUGGGCUACCUCAGUCUCCUCCCGAUCCGUCACAUACCGACAAGCUAUGUUCCUGUGUUUGAUCUUCGAAAUGACUGGUGCUCUUGCCGUCGGUGCCCGAACUGCUUCUACGAUUAAGAACGGAAUUAUCCCAAUCAAGGCUUUCAACGGCGACGCUGAUGUCCAACUUCUCGCUUUUGCUUGCGCCUCUGCUGGUGCCGCUAUCUGGGUUAUGUGGUGUACUCGCAACUCUGCACACGUUUCUUCGACUUACUCUUUGGUCUCAUCCAUUGCCGGUGUUGGUGUCGCAGCUGUUGGCGCGAAGAAUGUAGAGUGGGGCUGGAGCAAGGGAUCUGGUCUUGGUGCCAUUUUCGCCGGUUUGGUCAUGGCUCCUUUCAUCGCUGGAGCAUUCGGUGCCAUUAUCUUUUCGCUCAUCAAGUUUACUGUCCACAAGCGAACUGACCCCGUGAAAUGGGCCGUUUUCACCUCCCCAUUCUUCUUCCUCAUUGCCGGAACCAUUUGCACGCUCUCCAUCGUCUACAAGGGUUCCCCAAAGCUCGGUCUUGACAAGAAGCCUGCGUGGUUCAUCGCAUCAGUCACUCUCGGUGUUGGUUUCGGACUCUUCAUUCUUUCCGGACUCUUCUUCGUCCCAUACGUCUUCUGCAAGGUCAUCAAGAAGGAUUACACCCUCAAGAUCACCGAUAUCUGGCAGGGACCCGCUCUCUUCACCCGUGUUCCUCCCUCCGACGCCGCUGAGGCUCGCGUACCAAACUACAACGUUAUCCAACACGAUGACGAGGAGGACACUGGUGAGCUCGCCGCACCCGGCACUCUCCCAACCAAGAACGUCGACAUCGAUGCCAUUGAGAAGUCUCCCGCUGGAAGCGACAAGGACCUUGCUGUCUCCGACAACGAGAAGUCCCACCACCAGACUCAACCUAUCUCUGCCCAUGCCGCCGGUAACACCAACCUCGAGAAUGCCAUCGCCGGUGACAACCCCAAGCUCCAAUACCAACUCCUGCUCCGCCGCGCCGAGGAGAAGCACCACUCACAGCUAAGACAAAGCCGCGGACCUCUCGGAUGGGCCAUGCGAACACUUUACACCCACCGCAGCGGCGCUGGUGAGAUCUACGAACUCCACAACUUGAAGAAGCUUAUGAUGCGUCUCCCCGCCUACGUCGUCGUCGCAGGCCUCUACGGUUUCUACUACGACAUCCAUCGCGCUCAAGUCGGUAUCCUCGGUACCCCCGAAGGCCGCAGAAUGGCCGGUGUCUACGACCACGCCACCAAGUACCGCAACGAAGUCGAAUACCUUUACUCCUUCGUCCAGAUCAUCACCGCCUGUACCGCCUCUUUCGCCCACGGUGCUAACGAUGUCGGUAACGCUGUCGGUGUCUGGGCAGGUAUGUACGGUGCCUGGACGACUGGCAAGACUGUCGCGUCAAAGGCUGACGUUCCGCUUUGGCAAAUCGCUGUCAUGGCUCUCACCAUCUGUUUCGGAUUCAUCACUUAUGGUUACAACAUCAUGAAGGUGAUGGGUAACAAGAUCACCUACCACUCCCCAUCAAGAGGAUCCAGUAUGGAGAUGGGUGCUGCUAUCACAAUUCUGAUCUUCUCUCAGUACAAGCUGCCAGUGUCCACGAGUAUGUGUAUCACAGGUGCUACUGUUGGUGUUGGUCUCUGCAACGGCACCUACAAGGCUGUUAACUGGCAGCGAGUCGGACUUCUGUUUUUCUCAUGGGUCAUGACCAUCCCUAUUGCGGGUCUCAUUGGAGGUUGCUUGAUGGCUUUGGCCGUCAAUGCGCCGCAUUACGGAAAUUAA